CUAGGGGUCCUCAGAUCCCAAAUUUCUGACUCCAAAUAGCACACUGAGGCAACAGUGAUGGCAGGCACGACUGCUUUGUCACUUCAGCAAUUAAUUGCUUCAUUGGACAACUCUUGUCUGCCAAAAAUUCUACAAGUUUGCUCUGGAGUGUAUUUCCAAGGUUCUAUAUAUGAAAUUUCUGGAAGUGAAGUGUGCUUUUCUACUGGAGAUCUAAUAAAGGUCCUUAACAUUGAGCUCCUAUCCGUUUGCUGUGACGACAUCAGCAACAAUGAGCAGUUUGAGCUCCCUAUCAACCACACAGGUUUGUUCAAAGUUGUCCCGGAGGAGAUGCCAUACAGUAGUAUCGAGGAGAUGUUGAGCCUGAGGCCUGUGGGCCUCGAGUCCUGCCUUCCCUUCACUUUUACUAGCCGCUUCAAGAUUACCAUUGGCAAUUUAACACUGGGAGCCAACAGAGCUUUGACAGUGCUCUCCAUUGAGCGGAAUGAGGGUGAGGAGGAUUAUGUGCGCUGCCAUGUUCAAGGACAACAGGAAGCCUCUGCGGAAGUGUGUAUCCCACUUUCUUUCCAAGGGGAGUUCAGGGAGUGUGAAAACGAGGAGCGCUUCACUCUGCAGGAAAUCAUGUCCUCGCCCUGCCUGCGUACUCGAAAGUUUCACUUAAUCAACACCACCAAGGGUGAACGAACCCUUGUCCUCAGUCCAAUAUACCAGGUCCACGCCAUCAUGAACUUGAGGAAGAACGUGUUGAAGUUUCCCUCCAGCUUAGAGGUGGAUGUGAUUGAUGUCACUGAGACGUGUAAGGAUGUAGAUUUUGUGACCCCGCUCAGUCUGACGGAGGUCCACGCCCAGCCAGAUAACUCCUUCCCUACAGUAGUAGAGAUACUGGAAGGAGCAGAGACCAGCUCUCUGUUCAAGUGCAGCUGGCUACCAAAACUUAGUAAGAGCAGCCACCUCAUUUUCCACAAGGUAGGAACCUCUGCUAUGGCUUUGUUAUCCAACCUGAAGAGCCGAAGGGCACAGCAGUACUUCCUGGCAUCUCAGCAAUAUGGUGGACGAUUUCGUAGGCGGCCAAGAGAGUUUAAUUCAGUGUAUGAGCUGUAUGUUGCUUUGAUCCAGGCACCAGGCCUGAAGGUCAGCGUAACAAGGAGCUGUGAGGGAGUUGAGGAGGAGGGCCUGCCUAACCUCAGUGUGGGCGAACAGCUGGAGGUUGUUCGCUGCGAAACAAUGGAGUUGCCUUGUGAAAGCAGCAACAGACAGAAGCAGUCCGUCGAGGCUCUUUUGUGUCAGCGUCUCCAAGAGCCGGAUGAUGACGAGGAUGAUGAUGAUGAUGAUGAAGAGGAGGUCAAGCAGCAGGAUGAGAGAGAGGAUAUUCUCAUGCCUCUGUACAUGCAGGGCCACUUUGUGGAGGUACUCGCUGAUAACAAGAAGUACAGACUCAGGGACUUGGGUAAAGAGUUUAGUUUGCCGCUGGAUGUUAAAGUAGUGAACCGGGAUACUGAACUCGAGACUGAUCCACUAGUUGGGUUUCCAAGUCUCAGAAUAGAGGGGGCUAUGCUAGAGCCCACCAUCCAGGCGAGCUUUCCACACAGGCCAGACCACUGUUUCGAGAUCCCAACCAACUGGGUUUCUAUGUCCGUCUGUUUUACCAAGGACCCCCUGCCCUGGCCCAACGGUCAACCACCUAAGUGCCAUGUGGAUAGCGUUACCGAGGUGACAAACACAUUCUUUUAUGAAUUUAGCAAACACAGCAACUCAGAUGCAACUCCACCACCUCGACCACCAAAGCGAAAUCUGUCAUCUUCAAAGUCUUCAAAAACAUCAUCAAAAUCCUCGGGGAAGUCAUCCAAAGCAGGCAAAUCCAGACAUGCAUCAGACAAAAGCAUUCCAACCAAGGCGUUAGCAGAUUUGACUUUAAACAGCAAGAAAAGGCCCCCAGCACCCCCUCCUCCGGCUAUCAUGAAUGAUCAACCUCCGCCAGUCGUACCCCGAAAGCAGUCAGCGGCUGACAUGACAACAGGCAAGGCUCUGCCAAACACUUAUGUGAAAAGGGAGGAGUCGAAGAAGACAAAAGUACCGCUGGGUGACGUUGAAGCAGACGUGGACAGCGACCAUGACUAUGAAACUGUGGACGACACUUUUACAACGAUGAUGAAGAAAGCACAAGAGAACGUCAUGUUUUACUAAAUAUGACCGCGACAGCAAAAUAUCCCAUAUGGUCGGUGGGCCCCCUUAUCUUGAAUAAUUUCAUGGCAAAGUACCAAGGCAUAGAUUUAUAUUCUGAGACUUUGAAGCCAAACCAAGGAACCUGUCCAUUGAAUCCUAAGUAUUGUAAUUUAAUUUCAUGCUGAAAAUAAUUAGUUUAACACAAGGUUAGAUAUUUCAGUUAAGUAUUAAAUUAUUCAGCAAUAAACUCCUGACAGUAUAUUGCAUCUGUGAGGACCCGUGAGAUCAUUUGGUUCGAGGCAGCACCCAACAUCCUUGCUUCUCAUGUGGUCAGGGAAACUUUCAUUCUUCGUCCAUUCAUUUCUACGCUCAACCCACGUCAUCCUCUUCAAGGUUGUAAGUGGCUGUUGCUGUGCUUGUACAGUAUAACACCCACAAACUUUGAUUGAAAAAACAGUUCCUUUGUAGUAUUUAUUGUUGUAGUAUUUUGUGCUUUUUGUUCAAACUAUUUAGCAAAGCAUUGAUCUAACCAUAUGGUAGUUCUGGGGGCUGUAGCUUGUAUUGUUUUGUAUACAAUAGCAUUAUAUUGUGCAAAACUAAGCAGUUUCUGUAUAUAGUCCAUUUUGGAACAAAAUAACAGCAACACCCAGUCUAAUACAACACCACAAAAAAACUAUGUAACUAAAAUACCUUGUUUAAAAAAAAAAUAUUGCAUAUUUAUAAGCUUCACAGAGGUUGUAAUGGUAUACAUUUUUAUUGUACAGGCAUUUAAUGUAUAUGGCAACCUCCUGCAGUAUACAUGUGGUAUAUAUAUGUAUGUAGUAUACGGUCUUUGUUGGGAAGCAGUCUUAAUCUACAAAAAAAAAACCACAAAAUUGCAGCUCUGUAGCUUCUCAUUGGGCCAUGUAAGGGUAAUGAAAUAGCAGAAGUUCUCCCAGCCGUCACAUCAAACUAUUUAUGUGAGAGCUCAAAAAGGUGCCACGUUUCAAAUCCUGCUUUUGUUUUUAUUUCAUUAAAAUUACUCUCUGGAGAUACUGACUCACUGCCACAGAAAUAACAAAAUAAGGUAAUGUUGUAUAACCCUCUCUAUUUCUUUUGAGGUACAAACAUACUGUAGCUUUUUUUGUUGUACUUUAGACAUCCAUCAUCAUAAAAAGUGGCUACAAAAUGUGCUUACUUAUUUGGUUUAUUCCAAUUUUGAUAAAACCUGUUUACUGUGUGAACCAGAGGAACCAUAUCAACAGAUGUGUUGGUCUACAUUUUUGCAUCGUGCCCAAUCAAUGUUUGUGUAAAUGUCCAUGUAAAAGAGCAAUUUCUGUAUUUACAUCUUAAUAAAUUUGCACAAAUUGCUUGUU